AUGACAGGUGUGCACAAAGCCCUUGGAUCCUCAAAGAUAGCCCUUCAACCUGCCAAUGGCACAUCCACACAAGCAGCCAAUUACUGUAAGAAAGGCCAACAAACCAAAGAAGAAUGGGAACUAUCCAAAGAAAAUGGUUCCAACUUUGGCCUCAACUUUCAAGGUGAAGAAUUUGGUGAGGUCCCAACCCCCAGAAAACGCACAGAUCUAGACGAUCUCUGUGAUGCAAUCCAAGCAGGCAAGUCCAUGUCAGAAGUAGCUCAGAUCCAUCCUGCCUCAUAUGUCCGCAACUACCGCGGUCUUGCCGCCUAUCAAGCCCUACAGACAACCACAUAUCAACAUGAAACUCUCCAUGGAAUCUACUACUGGGGACCUCCAGGGACAGGUCAAUACAUAAAGAUCUGGGCUGACAAGUAUGCAUGUACUGGUGAAAUCAACGGUGGUGUUGUCAAACUCAUCCAUACAACAUUUAUCAUCACAAGCAAUUAUUCAAUUGAUUAUCUUUGGAAAGAUGAUCCUGUCAUGGCCAAUGCAAUCAAGCGUCGAUUCAAAGCAGUACACAUGACAACUCCCUACAUGUUUAAAGAACCCAACCCAACAUCGAUAUUAAUAGAAAAAGCCAACCACAUCUUCGGAACAGUUCCAAUGAAACCUCGUCCUCGCCAUACCAUCUCUAAACCUAACCCUGGCUUGGAGUCUUGGCGUAAAGUGCGCAGUCAAAACUCGCCACCAGAUCCGCCUGAAGACAAAGAUGAACACAAAGGAGAUCCUUCUGAAAGCAAAAAUGAAGACAAACAAGAAGAUGAGAAUGUCAACCCCCAACCAUAA